CUCAGUCAACAUUUACACAUAAGUAUAAUUAAAACAAACAUACUCAAUUCCACUGUACGAAAAAAAAUCACCUUCAGAGAUAAGCAUCUAUAUAAUGGCAACUUUCAAAAUGAGCCAUUCAAGUGAUCGUAGAACCCUGAUUCAGGAAAAGAGAAAGCUCAUGGAAGACAAGAGGAUGAGCAUGGGAAUGAAGUCUUUCUGCGCUUCUUUUAUUGGGAGCCAAUUCCGACCGAGUGACGAGCCGCGAUACUCGUUUUCAACCAUGACGAAGCGCCAUAGGUCUGAUAAGCAAUUGGUUGAUGUUAAUUAUGAAGAGACAGACGAAGAGGUAUACGAACCUAUUUAUCAAACUGUAUUUGCUGACGACAGGGACCCAGUGCACGAGCCCACUUUUUCUAAGCAUCGCAUACCACUGCAAAUACGAUGUCUGGAGCGGUACCACAAUUCCAAACGGGAGUACGCCCAGCAGUUCAAGCGGGAAAUAAAACUUUUGAUCGACAAUCAGUCGACGGCCGAAAAUGCCUGGCAAUUCGUUAGGACCAUGGCUUAUACCUCACUUUGGCCCCCGCUGCAUACGAGGAAAGAGCUCAAAAUGUUUGAAAAGGACUUUUGCAAGCUUUCUCCCACUGAGCAGCACCGCUUCAAUAAAAUAAUGUCGACAAAUUUUUGUUAAAGUUUUCAUGAACUUUUAUACAAGUAAUAUUUUUUAUGACAAAUAAAAUUGGACAUAUUAAAACAAAGAAAAAGAAUAAAAUGUAUAAAACGCUUAAAAAAUUGACGUAAGCGGAAUAAAGAAUAAAGACUUCUUAUCUUGGAACAUAAA